GUCACGACGGCAAAUGACAACACAUGCAGAUGCAGUUGUCCAUAGAUUGUCGUCGGCGUUGUAUGUAAAUAGGCCGUGAGCUGUCGUAAAGCGUUGUAAUUCUUUUGUAAUGUGACAUUGUAGUAAGUUAAAAAUGAGUUUUUGACUAAAAAGUUGUUGCGAAAGCGUCAAUCUACAUAACUUAUUAAUACAGUUUAUCCCGUGAGAGGGAAAAUUAGCUCCUUGCAAUAUUUUUCCUUUCACAAUGGCAGACAAGACUAAAAAUUCAGGACAUGUCAAACAUGUUCCAAAGGAUGCACAGGUCAUUGUGUCAAUAAUGAAGGAUAUGGGGAUUGCAGACUACGAGCCUAAAGUCAUCAACCAAUUGUUGGAAUUCACAUAUCGGUACGUUACUUGUAUACUAGAUGAUAGCAAGGUUUAUGCUAAUCACAGUAAGAAGAAGUUUAUAGAUUUAGAUGAUGUUCGUCUGGCAGUUAAGAUGGAACUGGAGAAGUCUUUUACAAAUCCUCCACCAAGAGAAGUAUUAUUAGAUGUUGCUAAGGUUAAGAAUAGUGUUCCUCUACCGUUUGUAAAGCCAAGUUAUGGACUUCGUUUACCGCCAGAUCGUUACUGUUUAAAUGGCACUAACUACAAACUUAAACCCCCACCUAAGAAGACUGGAAAAUUAAGUUUGGCAGGCAGCAGGAUGAAUUCACCAGGCUAUUCUAUAGUAAAGAGGCCUGGUACAUUAACUACUAUUUCAAGAACGCAAAGUAUUUCCAUACCAAAGCCAGUCUUCAAAGUUUCAAAUAGUACAAGUUUGGUGAAGCCGCAAUUACAAAUGAAACCAAAGAUGCCUCUUACAACUGAUCAAGCACAACUUCCACAAUCGAUAAUAAAAUCGAAUACCGAAGAAUCCUUCAAAAGAAAAAGAGAGGAUGAUGAUUCUGACGUUUAUUGACUCACUUAAUUUAAUUACAAAAAAAAAAAUUAAGAAACAUAUUAUUGAGUCAUGUGUGUUCGCAAUUUUGCAAUUUCUAUGCAAUAUUCUGCAUAUUGUUGUAGUAUAAGUUCUAUUUGAAAAUGAAACUACUUAACAUUUAUACAGAAAUUUUUUAGGAACAAGUGUCAACAACAAAUGUUGAAAACAAAAGCAUCAUUUAUGUCUUACGUUCUAUCGUCUUAAAAUCUUCUCUAUUAGAAUUUAGUUAUGAAAAGAUUAUUAUGCAAUAUAUUUUUGAGUCGUGUGUGUUUGCAAUUUUGCAAUUUCUAUGCAAUAUUUCGCACGUUGUUGUAGCAUAAGAAAGUAAGAAUGAUGUUCUAUUUGAAAAUAAAAACUGUUUAACAUUUAUACGUAAAUUUUUUAGAAAUAAAUGUUUAUUAAAAAACAGAA